CACGCCUUCCCGCCGGCGCGCGCCGGGGUAGAGCGGGCGGCCGGGCGGCCGAGCCACCCCUGGAUCCGCGCGCGGGGCGGGCAGGGCCUCCGGCUCGGCAUGGAGCCCGAGAUGCAGGCGGCGGAGGAGGGGCCCAGCGCGCCCCGCAUCUACAAGCAGCGCGGCCCCUACAGCGUCCUCAAGACGUUCCCCAGCCGGCGGCCGGCGCUGGCCAAGCGCUACGACAGACCCACACUGCUGGAGCUGCCGCCCGCGCGGCCGUCCCCGCUGCCGCCGCCGCCGCCGCCGCCGCCCUUCGCGCCGCUCGCCGCCGUGCCCAUCAGCAGCAGCGAGCCGCCGCCGCCGCCGUUCCCGACGCAGCCGUCCUACCCGGCCGGGGCAGGCCGGGCCCCCGCCGCCGCCGCCGCCUCGUCGUCGUCGCCGUCCUGCACGCCCGCCGCGCCCCCCAGUCACCCGAGGACUCCGGCGCCGCCGCCGCCCACGGCCCCCGCCGCCUCGUCGUCGUCGUCCUUCGCCGCCGUCGUCAGGUACGGCCCGGGCCCGGCCAGCGGCGCGGGCAGCGGCAGCGCGGGUAGCGACGGCGUCAGCUUGGAGCUCAGUGCAGAGAGCCGGAUGAUCUUGGAUGCCUUUGCCCAGCAGUGCAGUCGUGUUCUUAGUCUCUUAAAUUGUGGAGGAAAACUUCUGGACUCCAGCCAUUCUCAGUCCAUGAUUUCUUGCGUCAAGCAGGAAGGCUCUAGUUAUAACGAAAGACAGGACCAGUGUCACAUUGCAAAGGGGGUCCAGAGCCAGACCCCUGACAACAUAGACAUAGAAAUGCAAUAUAUGCAAAGAAAACAACAAACUUCUGCCUUUUUGAGAGUGUUCACUGACUCGCUCCAAAAUUACCUGCUCUCGGGGAGCUUCCCAACUCCGAACACCUCAGCAGUCAGUGAGUAUGGCCACCUGGCUGAUGUGGACCCUCUCUCAACCUCCCCGGUGCAUACAUUAGGUGGCUGGACCUCCCCGGCAACGUCUGAGUCCCACGGUCACCCAUCCUCCUCAACGCUGCCGGAGGAGGAAGAAGAGGAGGAAGAGGAAGGCUACUGUCCUCGAUGCCAGGAGCUGGAGCAGGAGGUUAUCUCAUUGCAGCAAGAAAACGAAGAGCUCAGAAGGAAGUUAGAAAGCAUUCCAGUGCCCUGCCAGACCGUCCUAGAUUACCUAAAGACAGUGCUGCUGCACCACAACCAGCUCCUGCCGCAGCCCGCAGACCAGCCCACCGAGGGAAGCAAGCAGCUGUUGAACAACUAUCCUGUCUACAUAACGAGCAAACAGUGGGAUGAGGCUGUAAAUUCUUCCAAGAAAGACGGGCGGCGGCUCCUCCGAUACCUCAUCAGAUUUGUUUUCACAACCGAUGAGCUUAAGUACUCAUGCGGCCUUGGGAAAAGGAAAAGGUCAGUUCAGUCAGGAGAGACAGGUCCUGAAAGACGCCCUCUGGAUCCAGUUAAAGUCACAUGCCUUCGAGAAUUCAUUAGGAUGCACUGUACCUCCAACCCUGACUGGUGGAUGCCCUCGGAGGAGCAGAUAAACAAAGUGUUCAGCGAUGCUGUGGGUCACGCCCGACAGGGCCGGGCAGUGGGAACUUUCCUGCACAACGGUGGCUCAUUUUACGAAGGCAUGGAUCACCAGGCGUCCCAGGAUGAGGUCUUCAACAAGAGUUCACAGGAUGGAUCUGGGGACUAGUGGACAGAAUCUUCACCCUCCCAGUGGUGUUUUUGUGUUAUGUUUUUUGUUUUGUUAAGAGCUCCAGUUGUGAAUGUCCAUUUCCUGUCACCCUAGAGUCCAAAGCAUGUCCUUCUGUCAGACCCCUGCCCCACUGCCACAGUUCCCAAAUAGAAAUCCACUUUGGGGUUUUCUGGGAUGUCUCUGGCACCUGCAGUAGAUGUGGGGUGUAUUAUAUCACCAAGGAAAAGGUACAGUUGACAUAAGUCAUUACUAACUAGACAUUGAGGGUGUCUCCUGUCCCAAGUCUUCAGGUCAGUCUGGCCUCCUGAGCAGAGCUGGUCUCCUGGGAAGGUUCAGUUAGUGUUCCUGCACGUGGGGGAAGGAAAGACACAGACUUGUUUUAAGGGACUAGCAACAAGCAUUUUCUUAUUUAAUUCAAGUUAAGUUUUUGUCUUUUGAUUUUCCAAAGACUUGAAUUCAGAGUUCUCAGCAAAGACGCAGGAUAGGGGACACUGUAAGCGUUCAUAUAUUAGAAGCCACAGAACGGAGGCCGUGUCUGUUCAGUUGAGGUCAGCUACUUCUCUGUUAUCUUCUAGACAAAACUCACUGUGCCGACCAGAAAGACAGCCUGAUUCUGUGGCUUACGAGUGCGAGAUUUCCCUUACAUCUUUAGGAACAUCCAGAGAUUCAGAACCGUUUUCCAAUGCCUCAUUUCCUAAGUUCCUUGAUGCACAUCUUCCAUAGCCUUAAGUCAGCACAGUGCCAGUAGUGGGUUCAGUGAGAAUUCCCACCAGCUAGCUGUUGAGUAAGAGCAAGCCCAGGCUGUGACUGAUAGCAUCCGCUGCUGACCAGGGGUCAGGCAUUGCAGACAGACAUGCAGCUUCAAGGCCGUUCUGACAACUGUGCGGUGGCUUGGUGGUGAGUUCUCUGAAAUUGGAGGACCUUUCUGGACUGAGUGGCAGUUUAGAAUGUAUGAAACUUCUCUUUCCCGUCGUCAUGGAUGAACACGCCUCAUCCAGCCGUGCCUCUGCUUUCCUCGCUAGUCCUCUGCAGCCUGAGCUCUCAGUUAACUGUUGUGCUUGCCUGGCUCAUCUGUGGGAUCCAUGUGAGAGUAGCGGUGCCCUGGGAGCCACUUCCCAGCAGAGGGUACAGAGGUGCUGUAAUUGUGUCUGAUAAGGAUUGAACUGUGGACAUGAGAGACUCACUUUACCAGACGAGUCAAGAUGACUGUGUUCUUUGUGGAACCAAGAGCUAAAUGGGCAGCCUUUGUUGAAGAUCGUGAAUGUCAUCUAUGAACACAGUGAAGAGCUUUGAAAUUGGGAUAGAAAUUCAGACUAUCCAUUUAGGAAAGGGGCUCUUGGGGAGGCCAGUUUUGUCAAAAAUCACAAUAUGUUCACAAUAUAUUCAAUAUUUAGUGUCAGAGUUUGAACAAACCAGCUGAGCAGUUUAGAAGCAAAAGAAAUUGAGUAAAUGAACUGUCAUUUACAAUAGGGGAGAGCGGUGCCUUUUCCAUCCAAGAGAAGGUGUAUUUCUUAAUGUGUGAUCAAAGGUCUGGGCACUCUGUCCUCGGAAAUGUCCGAUGCCAUAAAACCUUGUGGGGAGCUUGCCAUCACCUCCUCUGCCUUCCCAUCUUCCCUUUGUGCUGGGCUCCAGGACCUGCAGUCCUCAGCCCCUGUGUGAUUGCUGUUUUCUUUAGCUUAGAUCACUGCCUGAAUCGAGCCGGCAGCUGCUUAGACCUGACUCGGUGCUCUGCUGGCCCUUUGCUCUAGUGUGUGUCCAUUUAAGGCUGCUACUGCUCGGUAGUAAAGCUGCUCUUCAGGUCAUGGUGGUUUCCUUUGUGGUCACCCAAGUGUUAAAUCAGCUGCAAAAGGUGCCAUCUCUGGCAGGGAUUCAGAGCUCACCAUUCAUCCGGCUGCCCCCAUUUCCCCACAAGCCUUUGAUUUUAUGUUUGGAGGUCUGAGAAUGUUGCCCGUCAGCUUGGUUUGAUUUUCCACAUCAUUCUGGCAGUCAGACACAUUGCUCCCCAACACAAAACUUCGUCCUCUGUCAACUUGUAGAAUUACCCUGAAUCAUUUAGCGUUGGUUUGAAGUAGACUUGAGUUAAAAACGGCUCAGAUGCAGCUGUGCCGCCGUGUCAUUGUGAGAACAAUGUGGUCGCCAGGCUGGCGUGACUAACUGUGAUGUUUUUGUCAGUGAUUAGGUAGGUCUGGUGUCCCAGCUAUCAAGCUCUGUGGUUAAUAGUGAACGUUGUCCUGGUGUAUUUUUCUUUUUCCAAAUUAAAAUGCCUGCUUCUCACAGUGAUUAGCUCCUCAGGCACAGAUCUUGCCAAGAGGAGGAUGACCCUGGAAUGACCCAUCAGGGGAGCGCUGUUCUAUGAGCAUUUGAUAAGGUCGCAUUUCUCACUGGCCCUUUUGUGGGUGCAGUGUUCAGUCUGUCAUGGUAUCUAGAAAACUGAAACAUUUCAAAUUGGAGCUUCUUUUGCUUGAAAACGUUUCUGCCCUUAAUCUUGUUCCUCGUCCGUCCCAGCAUUUGGGGGACUUUCACUGUGUGUUAAAAGGCUUCCCUGAAAAGGUCGCAAAGGGCACAGGAGUGCGAGAGUGCCGUCAUCUCUUGGUCAGGUGUGGAGGGAUGCAUGUCACCACUGUAGUCGGUGGGUGGUUCAGGUGUCGUCCCUGACCUUCAUCAGUGACCAGCACUGCGAGGAGAGGCCUUCAUCAGGAGGACAAGGAGACAUGUGAUUACAGUUGUAUUUGACACAGCUACUCUCCAUGGCAUCAGGUUAUGGUCACUGAUAGCAAUAGGAUUUUAUUAUUUUCAGUCCAGUAGUGAUUCUUGAAAUAGUAGAUGUUUACACAAAAUCUAAACAAUAACUCAAACUUAGGAAUCUGCAGGUCUGUGAUUUCUCCAUACCCCUGCCAUUUAAUGGCUUGUGCCUCACUUCUGCAGCUGAGAAGUAGAUGGGGCUCCAUGGGGAGAUGUGCACCAUGUCCAGAACACGGGCACUCAUUGCCCUCAUAUGGGCUCUGUGUUUCGGUUUGGUUUUUUUGUUGUUUUAAGGUUUUUCUUUGUUGUUGGUUUUUGUUUUGUUUUGUUUUGCGGUGCAGGGAGUUGAAUAUUAUUCAGUAUAAACUCUAGGCUAACCCUGACACCCCUGACUACCUCCUUAGUUUCUGUAUAGACCGGUUAUCGGUUUUGGUUGAAAGGUCAUUUUUUGUUGACUUAGAAGAUUUUAAAUGUCUGGUUUCUUCGGUCAGUGCUGUACCUGUCACAGCACAGGUCUGUGUUCGUCUGGGACAGCAUUCACAUGCGGAUCUGGAGAAAUGUGAUAGAAAAUGGUUUUGCACAUACGGUGUGAGGCUUGCUGGUGUGUGUUUAAUGUGGCGACACUUGCCAGCGCUGCUUGGCAAACACGUCAAGAGGGAUGCUUGAGUCACAACUCUGAUGCAAAUGUGUUGAAACAGCAGUGUGUGUCGGUGUGGUAUAUUUUUGUAAACAUGGUGGUGGCUUCUUUCAGUCAUAUAAGUACUGGAUAAGAAUAACAUUGAAACACUGGAGGAAGAUGUCACUUAGCUGUUCACAAAGCUGUGGCGUGUGUGUGUGUGUGUAUGUGUGUAUCUGUCUCUACAGGAGAGGGACGAAUUGACAUCAGCAAUGUGGAGGACAAAAAUAGUACCCAUCACCACUUACUUUUUUAAAAGUAAAGUUUAAAGCUUUAGCUGAUGCAUUUACGCAUUAGAGGCCGCUUGUACUCUCCAUAGUAUAUUGAACCUUGGGAAAUACUGAGAACUGGAAUUCUCGCAUUUGAUGACUGACUUUGUCAGUCUUGACUGUUGAAGGCAGUAAAUCACCAAAAACUUGGCUUCUGAGCUUCCAUAACUGGCUGUGAGGUCUGUGCUCUCAUUGGAUCACAGUUUCCGAAACUGCAGUAAAAGUACAUCUGCUAGCGAGACCCAUUUGAAAACCUGGGUCACUCUGAACAGUGGCACCCAUCCAGGCAGCCCGUGUUCCUUGCCAUGCUGCAAAACAGUUUGGUCCCGCCGGAGAUCACUCCCGUAGCAAUAGUUAACUCCCGCUACCUGAGCGUAACUCUCGAUUCCCUGUGUGCUAGUUGCUUCGAUAAGCACUUUAAUGCACCCUUCACAGCUGCCCUAAGCGGUCACUGCCCAGGGUGCUCACUGGAGGUCACUUUGAGCUCAGUAAGCAGAAUGACCCCUUCUGUUUGCCCCAGUCAGGCAUGGUUCUCGAAGUCAGCCAACGCUUCAGAGUGAACAUUUUUGUUUUAUCUGAUGCUGUCGAGGGAAAGCUGCCGUUUAUAUCACUAAAUCUGCUUUGGAGGUGUGCAGGUGCUUAGAUAACAGGUAUGUGACACUCGGGCCUCCAGGAGUUCUCAGGGGGCUGGCAUGAGUCAUGGCCUGCUUGACAACCUGUGAAGGAGACCAGAAACUCAAGGAAAUGGAUACGUCGAAGUCUAGUUCCCUUCUACUGUGUUCCAGGUCCCUGUGCAAAGAUGCAGGGGCUUCAAAGAAAACUUGUUUUGUUUUAAGACUAGAUCCUCUUGGGGAACACAUGGUGACAGCAGUGGGUAUUGGCCAGUGUUCCCAUCUCUGUGUGGCUGGUUUUGCAGCCUCCUGGUGACAGAGUUUGGUGAAACAGGAGGUUCAGCUGACACCGUCACCGUGCGGGCUGUAGAGGAGGUUGUGUAAAGAAUAUAGUGACCUGUUGAUUUUGCCCCUGUAGUUUUAGCUUUAACAUCUUUUGAGAGCAUGCCAAAGCCACAAGGGGCCCGGCUUGUGCCUCUUGGGAGCAAACGCUGCUGGAGGGAGGCAGGGAACUUGGUCACUGUCCAGCCUGACCCUGCCCAGGCUAAGCCUCGCCUUCAUGUCUCUCCUCUGCAGAAUGGCGUGUUGCAGCUAAUGCUGGGGCCAGUUGCCUUUAUUCUAUUUUCUAUGAUGAAUACUUGUGGAGAAACUGUGACAAAUCCAUUGAUCCUAAUAUUUUUAUUGUUGGAGUCUUGUGGCUUCUCUGAAUAAUUUCUAUUUGAUUGUACUGUGUGGAAUUCAUACACACUAGGGAUAUGUUAAUAAAGCUAAAAUUCAUAGUAUAAUAUAGAAUAGCAAAAAAUUUUGUGAACAAUUUAUAUAGAAGAAUAAGUUGUUUUUUAAGUGUUAGGCCAUUUCUUUUAGGAACUUAAAAUGUUAUAAGAGUUUUUUAAACAUUCAAUAUUUUUAAUUAUAAAAGACAUUUGUUACUAGAGCUAAUUAUUUCAGGUGUUCUAAUUGGAAUAUUGAUUUUCUUACCUCAUAUACCUCUAGAAUGCCACAUGUUCUGUUGGGGAUAAAAUUGCACAAUAAA